GAUGGAAAUGCCCUCUAUGAAGCAGUUGCCGUUAUAUUCAUUGCACAGCUCAACAACGUUGAAUUAUCCUUCGCUGAAGUGCUUACUGUCAGCGUUACCGCUACUGUUGCAUCCAUCGGCCUUGGCUCAGUGCCAGCUGGACUUGUUUCUAUUUUGUUAAUUUUGAACACUGUUGGAUUGCCAAUCAAGGAUGUGUCGUUAUUGUUAACGGUCGACUGGCUGCUCGACCGUGUCAGGACCUCUAUCAAUGUGCUAGGUGAUGGUUUUGCCGCUAGUGCGGUCGCUCAUAUCCUGCAGGUAGACAAAGUCAGCCAUAGCAAAGAAGCGGAGUUUACUCUAGCUGUUUGCACUUUAUCCCAAAUGGUAAUCAAGCGGUUUUGCAUUUCAGAAACGACUGCAUAUAUCAGAUGCUAG